UUGGGGACGUGUAUGUUUUGGUCUCAACAUGUAGGUUCUAGAACUUGUUAGCCUUAUCCAUUUACCUUGUGUGACAUCACUUGUACAAUGAUUUUUUAACCUUGUACCAUGUUUUAUUAUUAUUAAAAAAAUAAAGAGCUUAGUAAUAAUUUGGUUUUUUUUCUCUUGUCUUUGUAUAAAAGGCGGUGAAGGUGGAAAUAAUAAAAUAGAAUUUGAGAGCUUAUGAGGAACUGAACUUGUGCUUAAUUUGAGAAACUUAUUAUGAUGGUUACUUUCGGUGGUGGUAGUGAAAAUUUUGGAGGAAAAAUGGUGAAGAUGAAAGGUGGUGAUGUGAGUGUGAUGAUCACAGAGUGGAAGGAUAUUCCAGUUGAACUUUUGAUGAAAAUAUUGUCACUUUUGGAUGAUCAAAUGGUGAUUAUAGCUUCUCAUGUUUGUCAUGGAUGGAGAGAUGCUAUUUCUUUUGGUCUUUCUCGUUUAUCACUCUCAUGGUGUAGCAAGAAUAUGAAUAACUUGGUCCUAUCACUUGCUCCGAAGUUCACAAAACUGCAAACUCUAAUCCUUCGUCAAGACAAGCCUCAACUAGAAGACAAUGCUGUUGAGGCUGUUGCGAACUUUUGCCGUGACUUGCAGAUUCUGGACCUCAGCAAAAGUUUCAAGCUUACCGAUAGUUCGUUGUAUGCUGUUGCCCUUGGUUGUCGUGAUCUUACAAAACUUAACAUUAGUGGCUGUUCAGCGUUUAGUGACAAUGCUCUGGCUUACCUAGCCAGUUUAUGCAGAAAGCUGAAAAUUUUGAAUCUGUGUGGUUGUGUUAAAGCUGUAUCAGAUACUGCAUUACAGGCAAUUGGACAUUACUGCAAUGAGUUACAGUCUUUGAACCUUGGAUGGUGUGAACAAGUCAGUGAUGUUGGAGUGAUGAGUUUAGCAUAUGGAUGUCCUGAUCUUAGAACACUCGACUUAUGUGGUUGUUUACUUAUAACAGAUGAUAGCGUAAUAGCCUUGGCAGAUAGGUGUCCUCAUCUGAGGUCACUUGGGCUGUACUUCUGCAAAAACAUAACCGACAGAGCAAUGUAUUCAUUGGCACAAAGCAAAGUGAACAACAAGAUGUGGGGAUCUGUUAAUGGUGGAAAUGAAGAAGAUGGUUUGAGGACUUUGAACAUUAGCCAGUGUACAUCUCUCACCCCUUCUGCUGUUCAAGCUGUUUGCGACUCAUCUCCUGCGCUUCACACAUGCUCAGGAAGACAUUCACUCAUAAUCAGUGGCUGUCUUAAUCUUACAUCAGUGCACUGUGCAUGUUGUGUCCGGCCGCACAGUGCUAUAAGCCCUUUCCCUCACUCAGCCCAUUGAACCAGUUAGGUUUUGAUGUAUAAAGAAACUGUAGGGAAGUACCUUGAAGGGACUAGAGAAGUGAAAAAUAAUUUACCUCUAUUAGAUGUUUUAUAUUGAGGGCUGUAUUAUAUCAUGUAGAAGCACUUGAACUUGUCUAGUUUAGGACAUUUUGGAUGUAAAUAUUAGUUUAAUCCAAGCUUGGCUAUAAACUUAUGGUAAAUUAUUAGACAUGGACUUCUAAAAUUAUGUGGUUUUAUGGAAGGAUGUUAAAAUGAAUGUUAGAUUUUCUAAUUGGGAAAUGUA